UCAAGCCAACACUAAACGACUCUUUCUCUCUCUCACACACACUCACUCCCUCUCUCUCAUGGAAGAUCAUGUAAUGAUAAUAUUCGUACUACCAUUUGUGUUUUCUCUAGUGUUUUUACUCUGGAAGAAGUUGGUUGAGAAAUGGAGAGGUCAAGCUUGUUAUAUAUUGGAUUAUGAAUGUUACAAACCAACCGAUGAUAGAAAACUUGAUACACACUUCUGUGGAAAUCUCGUAAUGAGAAACGAGACUUUGGGUCUUCCGGAAUACAAAUUCCUUUUAAAAGCCAUUGUCAGCUCAGGCAUUGGUGAAGAAACUUAUGGACCUAGAAACAUCAUCGCAGGUCAUGAGAAUACUCCAACUCUCAAAGAUAGUCUCGUUGAAGUAGAAGAAUUCUUUUACGAUACUCUCGAUAAGCUUUUCGCGAGAUCGAAUGUUUCUCCAAAAGACAUUGAUAUCCUGGUCGUUAAUAUCUCCAUGUUUGCUACUUCUCCUUCUUUAACUGCAAGGAUAGUUAACCGUUACAAAAUGAGAGAAGACGUUCAAGUGUUUAAUUUGUCAGGCAUGGGCUGCAGUGCUAGCUUGAUAUCAAUCGACCUUGUUCGAAACAUCUUCAGAGUUCGUAAGAAAAGAUUGGCGAUCGUCGUUACCUCCGAAUCUAUAGGCCCCAACUGGUAUUCAGGAAACGCCAAGUCCAUGAUUCUUGCAAACUGUCUAUUUAGAUCAGGUGGGUGUGCUAUUCUUUUAUCAAAUAAUCCACGUUUAAAACAUAAAGCCAUGUUUGAAUUGAAAUGUCUAGUUAGGACUCACUUAGGUUCAAGUGAUGAAGCUUAUGAAUGUUGCAUGCAAAAAGAGGAUGAACUUGAAAGACCAGGAUUUCAUCUAGGCAAAAACUUACCCAAAGCUGCGACUAGAGCAUUCAUAGAAAACUUAAGGGAACUAGGACCUAAAAUAUUACCAUUACCGGAGUUAAUCCGUUACGUUCUAGUAUCAAACCUUCGUCGGUACGUGACAUCAAAACAAAGUGGUGGCGGUGUUGGUAGUAGUGUGAAUUUUAAGACUGCCGUCGAUCAUUUUUGCCUUCACACCGGUGGAAAGGCGGUUAUUGAGGGAGUUGGAAAGAGCCUGGGGUUGGCAGAAGACGACAUAGAACCGGCUAGGAUGACACUACAUAGAUUUGGUAAUACAUCAGCCAGUAGUCUCUGGUAUGUCUUAGGGUAUAUGGAAGCAAAAAAGAGACUUAAAAAGGGAGAUAGGAUUUUGAUGAUAAGCUUUGGUGCUGGUUUUAAGUGCAACAGUUGUCACUGGGAGGUCUUAAGAGAUUUGGAUGAUCCAAAUGUUUGGCAAGAUUGUAUUGCUAGUUACCCUCGAAGUAACUUAAGUAACCCUUUUAUGGAGAAGUAUAGUUGGAUUAAUGAAGCUGAUCCAAACACAAGUACAGAUGAAUUGAUAAAGAAGAUGAAAUCACAGUUUUUGAGUGACUCUCACACUUGUUAAUGGUGUUUCUUUACGUUUAUAUUACUUUCAUUAAUUAAUUGGUUUAUAUUUGAUUUGUUAUUAUGUAAUUAUAACAUUGACUACAUAUUGUAGUCAAUUACAUAUAUGUUGUUUUUAAGU